AUCAAAUUUAAUAAAAUAGUAGAUUUCAAUCUUCUAUAUAAGUUGACCGCUUUAAGUGUACAUAGCCAGAAGCAACAUACAGCAGAGAAAUUGCGUCAGAGAUAGCUCCUCAGCAGUGAGAGUGGUUUGAUCUAUUCUCCAGAGAUAUAUAGAAAGAGUGGGCAGUUGUGCAAGCUGUUGUGGGAAUAGUCAUGGAGGUUCACGUUGAGUACAAGAAGUUGGUGAAACCAUCAUCUCCGACCCCCUCUCACCUUCGAAAGUUGAAGUUGUCCUUUGUCGAUCAAUAUCAGCCUCCUCACUAUCCGGGAAUAAUCUUUUACUAUGAUGGGGGCCAAGGUGAUGUCGGAAGUGUUUCGACAAAGAUUCAUCGGCUUGAAGAAUCACUUUCGGAGACAUUAACCAUAUUCUACCCGUUAGCGGGGAGAAAUGGUGCAGAUGGCAAUGACUUUGUUAUUGAUUGUAAUGACCAGGGUGUCCAGUUUGUGGUAGCCAAAGUUAAUCGCGAGCUCGGUCAGCAUCUGCUUGAUGAUAUUGGGAGCUACACAGAUAUGCUCCUCGCUCGUCCAGCUUUUCCAACCGGAGCAGCGGGAAGGAGCUCCCUACCCCUACUUGCUAUUCAAGUCAAUGUAUUCGAGUGUGGUGGGUUGGCUAUCGCGGUGCAAUUUAAUCACGUCUUGACCGAUAUGAGCUCCAUAUGUAUGUUCCUCAGCGCAUGGGCUAUAACAAAUCGUGAGGGAAUUCUCAAGGCGGUUCACCCAAGUUUUGACGCCCCAAGCUUAUUUCCUCUCAAGGAUUAUUCUUUUCUGCCGCCAAUAUGGAGCAUGGAGAAUCCAAAACUGAGGUUGAAAAGAUUUGUGUUCAAUGGCGAAGCAUUAUCAAGAUUGAGGGCCAAGAUAACGGCUAGGAGAAAUGACAAUGAGAAGCGGCCUUCAAGAGUGGAACUCAUCACUGCACUCAUAAGUAGCGUUUUACUGAGGAUAGAUCGGGCAAAACGGGGGCAACUAAGACCCUUGUUUCUAGUCCAUGUAGUAAACUUCCGAACGAAAACGCAGUUAUCGAUACCAGAGAACACAUGGGGUAAUAUGUUUCUGGACUGGUGUAGCCCUCCUACGGUACUGCCCGAGAAUGAGAGUGUAUCAGAGUUAUCGCAUACAUUAUUUGAUUGGUUUAGGGAGGGAUUGAUGGAUAUUAUCGAUCGGCUUGGUAAAGUGAAAGAUCCUGAGGAGCUUAGGUUACUAGUAGCAACCACGGAAUCAGGAUUGCUUGAACAAGUGGACAAAGGGGAUGCAAAUUUAGCAGUUAUGUUUACGAGCUGGUGUAAUUUCCCUGUAUACAGUAUUGAUUUUGGUUGGGGGCCGCCGACCUUGGCCAGUGCUUCAAAAUAUGGCCUGGAGCUGGCCAUUCUUAUGGAUACCAAAACUGGGGAUGGAGUCGAGGCGUGGAUGACCUUGGAGGAAGACAAUAUGCAUCAAUUCGAACGUGAUCCUGAUAUUUUGGCAUAUGCAUCUCAAUCCUAAGUCCACACGAAGGAUCUAUGUGUGCAUCGGUGACAUCCGAGUGUCUUCAGUAAUGUGUGUUCUUGCCAUCUUGUCUGAGUAUUGAAGUUUUAUGAUGUGUCAUCUUGAUCUGUCUCACUAUCUUUUCAAGUGACUUGGUGUAUAUCUGUAUCUCUUGUUACUCUCUUGCUCAAGUUUUCUCUGUUAUUGUAAGAGUGUUCUGUUCCAUGAAUAAAAUCUGCCCGAUUAUCAUAUGAAAAAGUCAA